AUGGUGCGGGCGCAACGCAUCGUAGGGUAUUAUGGAAAGACGGCAGGACAGUGUCCGGACUACCCAUCGUUCGAGCCUGAGGAUCUACCCUACAAUCUCUACACGCACCUCAACUUCGCGUUCGCGUCGAUCAAUGACGAUGGUGUCAUUCAAACGCAACACGCUGAAGAUUUAGAGGGCUAUAAACAUUUUAACGAUCUCAAGCUGAAGAAACCCAGCCUAAGGACUGCAAUCACCAUCGGUGGAUGGAACAUGGAUAUGGCAUACUACUCCACGAUGGUCUCCACCCAAGCCAAACGUCAAAAGUUUAUCAAGUCAGCCAUGAUUUUUGUCCGCCAGCAUGGUUUUGAUGGAAUUGACUUUGAUUGGGAAUAUCCUUCAGACGACUUACGUGGGGGACAUCCAGAGGACCCUAAAAACUUUGUCUUGUUCAUGAAGGAAAUGCGCGACGCAGCGGAUGCGGAGGUGCUUACUGAAGGUCGUGAGCGUUUGAUUCUGAGCAUUGCUUUGCCUGGAGGACCCUUCCACGGACAGUACUUCCAUAUCCCUCAGCUUGCGCAGUAUGCUGACUGGCUCAACAUCAUGGCGUACAAUCUUCACGGUCAAUGGGAGGAUAUGGCCUUUUGCGCGGCUCCUCUGUACGACACUGCCAAGAGCACAAAGUAUUUCGGCUAUUCUGUCGACGAUGCAGUUAAAUCCAUGGCUCCUAAGUCCGUGGAUCCCAAAAAGUUUAACCUGGGCCUUUCCUUCUCCGGUGUCACGUUUACACUCAAGGACAAAGCCAAGACCGCACCGGGUUCACCCGCCAUCGGUCCUGGUAAACAGGGCUGCCAGGAGAAAGGAGCCAUGUCUUACUUUGAGGUCAUGAGACUGUCCAGCCUCGCACAAGUCGCUGACACGAAGAAGCCGAUUGAUCACUUCCAACGUCAGGUCACGCAGGAGCCGAGGAGGGAUGAGGUUGGCUCUUGCAUGUACAUGGUCGUGAAUGAAGACCAGUGGAUCGGUUAUGACACGCCGGAGACCUUUGCGGCUAAGAUUGAUUACCUGAAGAAGGCCGGCUUUGGAGGCGUGAGUAUCUGGUCGAUGGACUCGGAUAUGGCCAACCACGAGCUGACGACGUCGGUUUAUAGCAGUCUUACAGGUCCAUCAGACGAGAUUCGAAAGGCCGGCAGCAGCGAUAGCAAGGAUGAGAACAGCAGCGAGGGCAAACAGACGAGCGCUGGUAUCCGUGACAGUAGCACCUUUCAGAUUGCAGGCCUCGCAGCCAAGGUGAUGGUUGUUAUCAUGUUCAGCGUUGUCCUUCUUGCGUAG